CCUCCAACACAUUCGUUCACUCUGGUGGAGUAAAGUGACAUUAAAGGGUGCCUCAACGUGGCAUCCUAGAGAAAGACCCCUCUAUUUACCAACAGCCGUCACCACAGUGUACCGUCCUGGCACACGUAUUACCCUCCGAAACGUCCCUACCUCGACUAAUACAUGACCAGCAUAGGCGCCAGAGAAAUAAAACAAGUGAAAGACACGGAUCAUUAUCCGAACGUGGAGAGAAAAACAACAAAUCAUUUUCGGAAUCAUAUGUAGGAAAAGCGCACGAAUCGUCGUCGCAGUUGCCUUCUCAAUGCAUACCCUUUGUGCUCGGGGAACGAUGAAACCAGAGAUUAGCGCCGCCGUCGGAUUUCUGUCGAGAUUUCUGCGGAUAAAAGGACACGUAAAUGACAGACAGCUUCAAUCAUUCAGCGCAAGUUUACAGGAUAUCUUGUCAGAGCAAUACAAGCACCACUGGUUCCCCGACAGGCCAUGCAAGGGCUCGGGCUACCGCUGCAUCCGCAUCAACCACAAGAUGGAUCCCCUGGUGGGGCAGGCAGGCCAGCGCAUCGGCCUGACCAUCAAUCAGCUCUACCUGCUGCUGCCUAGUGAGCUCACCCUCUGGGUGGACCCCUUCGAGGUGUCCUACCGCAUCGGCGAGGACGGCUCCAUCUGCGUGCUCUAUGAGUCCCAGCCGGUGGCCCCGGCGCCGUCGGGAGGCAGUGCGGUCACCUCGACCCCCAUGGUGGACAGUCACAUCAGCUGCAAGGAGGCGGCGGGGAUGCUGGGCAGGACCAGCCCUUCCAAAGCCUACAACAUGAUGACUAUGUCCAGCUAAGGGCCGCCACCCGCCACGUCGGGUCGUGGGUUUCGCCCUAGUUGGUCGAUGGCGAACCUUUUUAAAGCUAAAAAGAAAUGAAAUGAAAAAGAGAAAAAAAAGGAGGAGAAAAAGCAGAGGAUGGGGCCUAUCGUCCAGGUGAAACCUUGUAGGUUUGAUAUUUCUUUUCUCCUUCCUCGCUCCAUAGUCUGUUAUGUUGUGUUGUGGGAUCUACCGGAGGCUUUGUCCCCCCCCCCGCGGAGAGGGCUGUGUGGAGCGUGGAGCUGUUGGGGGCAGCUAAAACAAACCAAGAAACCGAACAGAGAAACAGCGCAGAGAAGGGGCUGCUUUUUGUUUUUUGUUUUUACACAGGUCUAUCAUUGUUGACUUUGCACUUUCUUCUCCACGUGGUUACAAUGGGUACCAUGUCACCACCACCCCCACCACCCUCUCAAAAGCUUCAAGGAACUGCUGUCAAGAACCAUACUGUUAAAUUUCAGCCUUUUAUCUACUUCCUGUUAUUGGGUGUACUUCCUGUCUAGGAAGGAAGUUAAGGGGCUGAUGUCCGGACUGUGCCUGUUUCUAGGUCAGUCUCUGGGGAACGCCCUAAGUAAUUUUCUUCUAAAACCCCGUUUUUGGACCAUAGGGCAUGUUUUUACCCCCAGAGGCUGCCCCAUAUACCAGCGUCGAGCUUCAGGAAGCCCCUCCCCCUCCAUUUGGAAGUGCAGUGGAAUGCGCUGUGACACCUGUUGCUAAGGACAGUAGUGUGUCACAGCACACCCCACCAACACCCCCAGCUUUCUGGGGAGGGCUGGGUAUUUGUCCCCUCCCCUUCGAUGAAUGUUGGUUUGAAAUUCACAAUCAAGUUCUCAUUUUGUUUAUAUCCCUCCAUCCCCACCCUGACCUUUGGCCCUCACCAAAAUCAAAGUGUAGCAUAGGUGGCACUAUAUUUUCACCGAAAUCUGGAUCGUUUGUUUUGGUUGUUGUGGCCCUGUCAGAAGAAAUGACAUUGAAUGCACUUUUGACAUUUAGAUUGUGUGGGAUGUGUACUUCUAGAGAAAACCCUUUUCAUUUCAUUCGCUCCAAUGUCGUCUUUCAUGAGUUCCCCUCCUUUUCCUUUGUAAAUGACUCACAGCUCUUACGUCAGGCUAGACCCCACUCUAUAGAAUUGGGGAGAGUAACUCUGAAGGUUUUAAAAAGAUUUCACACUGUAAGCAUUUCAUUCAGAUCCGUUCAGGUGUUGGUAGGUAGGUGCGGUUUGGUGUCGUGUCAGGUUAGGCGUCUGUUGUCCGUUUGUAAGGCACUUUUCUCGAAAGCCCCCCCCCAAUACACACACACACACACACACACACACACACACACACACACACACACACACACACACACACACACACACACACACACACAUACAGUUGGCAAUUUGAGACACUUAGAGAACUCUGAUAGAUCUCUCUACAGCUGUCGAGGGGUGUGUGAGGGUAGCCAAAGGGAAGUCUGUACGCCCCUGACUGUUUCUAUCCAACUCAAUCCCAAUGGCCUUGUCAGGCUUUCUCAUCUGUUUUUGUUAGACUUUGUUCUUGUCUUUGUGAUUGAAGAUGGGUCCAAGGCUUUCAACACCUCUCCUUUCUUCAGUCUCUCAGUUUGGAUGAGGGGUGCGUUGCCCAACGUAGGACUUCAAUGUUACACCUAUGAGCCGUUCUCUGGAGAACCGAGACAACCAGCGUAAUGUUAGCCAGCCUGGUUCGAGGUGCUGCUGGACCCUCUCUGGAGGUGUCCCUGUCAGGGCAGACAGACACAAGAAGCCCCUCUGGUGCCACAUAUCACCCCCAGCCAGCUAACCAACCAGCCAACCCCCUCCCCCCAAUAGCAGUACGGAGAUAGCAGUAACACAUAUCAUCUUUCCUCGCCCCAGGGGAGGGAAUGGAGGUGGUGUGGGGGCCAGGGCCGGAUACUCUCGUCCAGGGCAGCUACAAUCCCUCUGGCCCCCUCUAAACUAACCUCCACCCAACCAACACCUCUUGGCGUGGAGAGCAAAGCCAGCACAUGCCCUCAGCGCACUCCGUCUGCACUGGGAGCCCACAUAGAGACAGACAACAAAGAGGAGUCAAAGGAUAGGAAGUGACGAUACACAGUCCAAGUUUCUCUGUUUCUUAGGCUGAGCACUGAACUAGUUUACAUGGGUGCAAUAGGACGAUGGUGGUGUCAGUCGUCCUAUAGCUCACUCCUGGUUGGCCGCGCCGCAGACAGACAGACAAUGUGACAGGCUGUGGGGUUUCGGGGCUUUUAGCCGCUAAGCUGGCCAGGCUGGGCACCAGCCCAUCAGACCUACAUGUGCUGUUUUAAGCUCCCUAAGCACAGAGGAUCAUGGGUAAUGGAUCUGUGGUUGUUGAUGCACUGCACACCCUAUCCUCCCUCAUCCAAUCCCCUCCUCCUCACUGUCCUCCCUCUCUCCAUUUCUCCUGGUGCUCGUUCAGCAGUCUGUGGAAAAAGCUGUGUCUCCACAUGAACCAGAUGGACAGGUCUGAGUAGCCCAGAGCUUUGUUGUUGUGGUUGAAAACCAGCUUUUUAAAAACCUUGCAGCUCCUCUAUUGCUUCGAUUAUGCCAGCUAUCGAUGUUGUUAUGAGAUUGGUCUGUGUUUCAGACGUAGCAAGUUGUCACUCUUUUUGCUAAAUGUAUUUUAAAGUCACAGAGGUAGCAUCUCACCCCCCCUCCCUUUCGCCCUAGUCUGAUCAUCUAUCCCAAUUUGAACAGACUUCAUUUUUAGACCUACCAAAAAGGAAACAAAGCCGAAAUUGUUUGAUCCCCGUCUCAACAGUAACACCACCACCAAAACAAUUUGAUUUAGUCCACAAUAUCGGAUCUGUAAAUGCAUCCAUUCAGCCUUUGCACACAUAGGUUUCAGAAACGUUGUGAAAAGUGUUUUUGAAAAGUCGGAGGAGGUAAUAGCACAUAAAAUGCACUAAAUAUGUCAAGUUGAAGUUGUGACAUUUUUGAGACGCGAGGAGUCUCUUCUGGAAUGUAUUACCAAACUCAGGCCUCGGACAUUCAAUAAAACCCUUCUGGGAAAGUUGUGCAUGUUAAGACGUGAAACAGUAAGGGAAUAGUCGUCAAUGAUUCAUCAAUGAUUUGUGAAUUAUUGCCACUUUCACAUUUAGGGUGUUUUACAUAUUCUAGAAUCUAUUGUAAUUGUUCGCCAUAUGGUAGAAUACAUGCAUAACAUUACACAAUGGGAAGUGCCAAUAAUUUGUUUUGAGGUGUUUAGAUGUAUUUCUUUUGCAUUUCAUAGUUUUAACACGGAUAACUAUUUUCGUAAGUGAAGCCAUUUGUGAUGGGAGUGUUGGCAAGGACCAAUCUGUUUUGGUAAAAGAAAUAUCAGUUUCCAUCCCCUGUACUGAUAGACUUAUCCUUUGUUUUUUUAAACUUACAAAACAAGAAAAACGUUUAAAAAAUCUGAGCGUACCCAAGAAGAAAAGCUGUCUACUCUACCUUGUGAUUUCUCAUGUCAGUACAUCGUUAUUGUGUUCAUUUUCUUUUCCUUGGGUAUGUUGUGAUGAACUGCUGUAAAUUUGUACAGUUCAUGUAAAUUGAUUGUGCGAAAGUUGUACAGAUUUCUAUAUUUUGGAAGAUUUUUUUUUCUUUCUCUGUAAUAAAAUAUUUCCUAUCUUGGCAACAUA